GGGCCCCGUUAUCUGGGGACGAACUGGAUACAACAUAUCCGGGUUUCCCCAAUCGUGUCCGUGACGUCUCGCUGCACCUCUUAUCUCCCAUCGUUAUCUCUAUGAGUUCCGAUAUGAUGCAGUUCUGCGUCGGAAAUCGCCGACGAUAGUUCUCAUUUCAUAUCGUUGCUCCGGUUGAGCCCUUCGCCGGUCUGCCAAGCAGUUUACUGGUGCCUCAAUUUUAAUUCCGACUAUUGCCUGGGUAUCGAUUUUGCUGUGUGCAUUGAAGAGCGGCUAACCGCCUCACCCGGUUCACUAGUUGAUCAUCUUCGGCCAUGAUACAACAAGUUUAUAAAACUCUUCCUGACGAUGAUCCGAUACUUUCCAUUUGUGUUGUUGAAGAUCCAGUAAAGUGUCCCCCAGGAUAUUAUGUGGUUAAUCGGACCCAUGACCAAGACUCAGAUGCUGAUAUGUAUCGACAGUCUGUGUUAUUUGGCAAAAGGAAUACAAGAUAUUUGUGUCUUUCUAAAAUACAUGGAAUUGCAGACCUCGUUGUCGAAGCUGUCUCAAUUACUGGUGAAAAAGAUCCCCCUCCUGCGAGUUAUUGUUUGAUUUCUAAGACUAAAGAUACUGAUCAAAAGGCAUGGAGAAAGAGUCAACUGUGUUACAAAGUAGCCAAACGAUCUUUAGCAGCUUCAUGUGUCACAGAUAUUAUUCUUCUUAGUCGCAUGAAAAAAGCUCCUGAGGGUUUCCAAUUAGGAGGGGAAAUCAAUGGUCUCACUUUGUGCUAUAAAGUGGGGACCAAUACAUUUGGAGAGAUUAUUUCCAGACCAGGGUCCAAGCCUGCAGUGCCUCAGCUGGCUUACAGCCUUCACCCCAAAGGCACACCAUCUAACUUAAACUCAAAUGCUCCAAUUCCUGCACCAAGAAGAGCCCCAGCAGAAAGGCCACCUUCCAACAUCAAUGGCUCUGGGUAUCAAAACGUUGUCCUAGGCAAUGAUGACUCCCCUCAUGAGUAUGAAAAGCUAGUUAUUGCCCCACUAUCGCCAAAAAGACCUGCCCCUCAUCCACCUCUUCCAUCACGACCAGCUCCAAAACUGCCAACAGCCAUGUCUACCUAUUCCACCCUUGGAACUUACCAAGGUUUGGAGGGCAUUCCGUUUAUUCUGCACAAGAAUCUUCAGUUUAACUCCUCAACCCCAAUUAAUGUGCCUUCCUUGAAAUUCAAAACAGCUUAUGAAAUUGAGAUAGAGUUUAACUAUGAUUUCCGAGCUGAGCGUCAAACAUAGCUGGUUCCGUGACAUUUCCCCCAACAACAGCUCUGCCCAUCAAGAUUUUCAUCAACGAAUAGUGAGUUUGAUUAUGACAAAUCAUAUGAAUAUAUUAGCCAUGUAUAAUAUGUGCUGAGCUUCACCCGUAUUCAGUACGUUUAUAACAAUACUAGGUAUAUAUUGUAGAAGUGUAAAUGAAAUGGAAACCAAAUGAAAUAUGUAAAUGGUUUCCAGCAAUAGAAAUCUCAUUUAAUGAUGUGAGGACUAGUUGCAAUUAAUUGUGAUGUAAGAGAAAUCCAAGCAAUUUCUUUUUUUUUCUGAACUGUGAUUGAUGUUUUGUCAUAUUAUAUCUUGAAGUAUUUUGAAGGCAACGCCACUCUUUUUAUAGAAUCAAUUUAGUGCCUCAUAAUUUCAUUAGAUUAAAGGUACCAGUUAAACCUUGGGUAUUUUCAUUCCCUUAAAUUAUAGUGUUGUUUUUGAUUUUUUUCUUUUUCAUUUUUUUAUAAAAUAGCAGUUCUUUAUUACUAGGAUGUAAGAAGCAUUUUAGUUCCCUAUCCUUCCAUCAUACCCUGCCAAAAUAGAACUAGAAAUUAGGUUGACAUUCACAUUGCAACUUUAUCACCCAGCAGAACAAGAUUACAUGUAGACUCAUUUGUUUUUGAUCAGUUUGCCUUAAUAUAUGAGAAGCUUUAAUCAUGUCAUGCUGAUUUGCCACCCAUCUGUAAGUGUAUUUUGGACUUUCCCUUAGUCUUGUGUUCUGAGAUAAUGUCGUAACAGGGUGGUAUAGUGAAAUUGAGCUGUGAAACAUGACAAAGUUAAGAGCUUCCUAGGGAAAACUACAAUGGUUUUCAUCUUACAUGUUUGUAUCAAACACUUUUUUUUUUUCAUUUUACUUAAUGUUGAAGUUUUAGAAAUAACUGCAGCCUUUUUAUCACACAUUAUUAUUAUCAUUAUUGAACUUAACUUGCAGGAUGUGCAUUGAUAUGCAUGUUACAUUCUAAUAUGAUGCUCAUUACCUUAAUUAAGCAUUGUUGCACCCAGAGACUGCAGGAUAACUUUGAAGGUGGAAACUUCUCUCAUGAACUAAAUG